AUGGUAAUUGUUGCUAUUUCCAGGAUCCCAGCCUCGCAGAGUGGCACAAAAGCUCUUUCCCCUUUUCUAGGACAGCAGCUGGUAGCAUCAUCUAAACUGCUCAUCCCACGAGUCUUCGGGUCCCUGAGAGGUUGGAGGUCCAAGGAGCUAAUAAAGGAAGCGAUCCUUGACAAUGACUUCAUGAAGAAUCUGGAACUGUCUCAGAUCCAGGAAAUUGUGGAUUGUAUGUAUCCCGUGGAGUAUGGCAAAGACAGCUGCAUCAUCAAGGAAGGAGAUGUGGGUUCCCUGGUGUAUGUCAUGGAAGAUGGGAAGGUUGAAGUGACAAAAGAAGGUGUGAAGCUGUGCACCAUGGGACCUGGCAAAGUAUUUGGGGAGUUAGCCAUCCUCUACAACUGCACCCGAACAGCAACUGUCAAAACUCUCGUAAAUGUGAAACUUUGGGCUAUUGAUCGGCAAUGUUUUCAAACAAUAAUGAUGAGGACAGGCCUCAUCAAGCAUACUGAGUAUAUGGAAUUUUUAAAAAGCGUUCCCACAUUCCAGAGCCUUCCUGAGGAGAUACUUAGUAAGCUUGCAGAUGUCCUUGAGGAGACACAUUAUGAAAGCGGCGAGUAUAUUAUACGACAAGGUGCUCGAGGGGACACGUUCUUUAUAAUCAGCAAAGGAAAGGUGAAUGUUACGCGCGAAGACUCCCCCAGUGAAGAUCCGGUCUUUCUCCGUACUCUGGGGAAGGGAGAUUGGUUUGGAGAGAAAGCCCUUCAAGGGGAGGAUGUCAGAACAGCCAACGUCAUCGCAGCUGAAGCGGUAACUUGUCUGGUCAUAGACAGAGACUCCUUCAAACAUCUGAUUGGCGGCCUAGAUGACGUUUCCAAUAAAGCCUAUGAAGAUGCAGAAGCGAAAGCGAAAUACGAAGCCGAAGCUGCCUUCUUCGCCAACCUGAAACUGUCUGAUUUCAACAUCAUUGACACCCUUGGAGUCGGAGGGUUUGGACGAGUUGAGCUGGUCCAGCUGAAAAGCGAAGAAUCGAAAACGUUUGCCAUGAAAAUACUGAAGAAGCGUCACAUCGUGGACACGAGGCAGCAAGAGCACAUCCGCUCGGAGAAGCAGAUCAUGCAGAGCGCGCACUCGGACUUCAUCGUGAGGCUCUACAGGACGUUCAAGGACAGCAAGUACCUGUACAUGCUGAUGGAAGCCUGCCUAGGUGGAGAGCUCUGGACAAUUCUCAGGGACAGAGGUUCGUUUGAGGAUUCGACAACCAGGUUUUACACGGCGUGCGUGGUCGAAGCUUUUGCCUAUUUGCAUUCCAAAGGGAUCAUUUAUAGGGACCUCAAGCCAGAAAACCUCAUUCUGGAUCAUCGAGGUUAUGCCAAACUGGUCGAUUUUGGCUUUGCAAAGAAAAUAGGAUUUGGAAAGAAAACAUGGACUUUUUGUGGAACCCCGGAGUACGUAGCCCCCGAGAUCAUCCUGAACAAAGGUCACGACAUUUCGGCAGACUACUGGUCACUGGGAAUCUUAAUGUAUGAACUCCUGACUGGCAGUCCCCCUUUCUCAGGCCCAGACCCCAUGAAGACCUAUAACAUCAUAUUAAGGGGAAUAGACAUGAUUGAAUUUCCAAAGAAGAUUGCCAAAAAUGCUGCUAAUUUAAUUAAAAAACUAUGCAGGGACAAUCCAUCGGAAAGAUUAGGGAACUUGAAAAACGGAGUGAAAGAUAUCCAAAAGCACAAAUGGUUUGAAGGCUUUAACUGGGAAGGGUUACGAAAAGGGACACUGACACCUCCUAUAAUACCAAGUGUUGCAUCUCCAACGGACACAAGCAAUUUUGACAGCUUCCCGGAGGACAGUGAUGAGCCACCCCCUGACGACAACUCAGGAUGGGACAUAGAUUUUUAAUGUAUUUCUCUUACCUGCUUCUGCCUUGCUGAAGACAGCUUCCUGGGACAUGGCUGCCAGCGAAACCGAAAGAACUGGGGAGGAUUAGUGCUCGGGGUCACCAUGAUGCCUUGAUUGAUGCUGCUACAGUAACUACAGUGGCAUUAGGACUUAUUGCUUAGAUGACAAUAGUGCUCUUCAUGUUUUAUGUUCGAACUUAAAAUAGCAGUUGACAUGGUGGUCCUGACGCAAAGCCUUUCACCAGUGAAGAGAUAAUGUUUUCUAUCACUGCGACGAUCUUGCUGCGCUCUUAAUUAUAA